UUCUUCCUCUGCUUUUCCUGCUCCAGCGGCCGCCUCUGCUUGCCUCCCAUGAGGUCUGGUCCUGUCCUAGCCUUCGCCGGCGCCCCUUACCCCCCACGCCUUAGUCGCCGUCUGCGGCGUGGUCUCGGGGUCCCAGUCUCACCCUCGGGGCUCCGCGUGGGAGUUGACAGACACGGCAGAAAACUAUAUGGAUGCGAUGGCUGUAGUUUCAAUCCUUCCUUUUUGUUUCUAGGUGCCGCAGCAGUCGUUGAUCGAUGUUGCCUUGCCUCCCAUUAUAAUUUUAUUAGGUUUCUCAGGAGCCUGCUGGGUGCGCGAUAGCCGCAGCAUGGAUUUUAAACUGCAUGUGAUCGAAGCUAUCACAGACAAGUUUGGAGAGGAUCGGAAAGUCGGCAGCGGUGGGUAUGGAGAUGUUUACAGGGCCACCUAUGAAGGGGAGGAGAUUGCCGUGAAGAAGCUUCAUCAACUGCAGGGACUCGAUGAUAAGCAAUUUGACAGCGAGUUCCGUAAUCUUCGUAAAGUACGCCACCAAAAUGUUGUGCGGCUAAUUGGCUACUGCCACGAGUCUCGGAACAAAUACAUGGAUCAUAAUGGGGAACUUAUCUUCGCAAAAAUUAUGGAGCGGGUGCUGUGCUUCGAAUAUAUGGAGGGCGGAAGCCUCGAUAAACAUAUUACUGAUGGAUCUUGUGAACUUGAUUGGCCCAUAUGUUACAAAGUCAUCAAAGGGGCAUGUGAGGGCUUAAAUCACCUUCACACCGCGCAGGAGAAGCCUAUUUUCCAUCUAGACAUAAAGCCAGCCAAUAUAUUGCUGGAUAAGAGCAUGACCCCUAAAAUUGCGGAUCUUGGUUUGUCGAAACUUGUUUCUUCGACAUUAACACAUAAAACAGAGAUUGUGAAAGGGACACAAGGGUACAUGCCACCUGAAUAUGUAGACAAUGGCUUUGUAUCGAACAAGUUUGACGUAUUCAGUUUGGGAGUCGUGAUUAUAAAAAUGAUGGCCGGUAAUAUGGGCUACUUCCGUUGUGCUGAAAAGUCUCCCAAAGAUUUCAUUGAGCAUGUAACUGAAAACUGGAUGAAAAGGUUGCACGCGGAGCCUGGAUAUUCCUCGCACGAGACAGAUAUCCUCCGAGUGAGUACAAGUGUUGAGAUUGCACUUAGGUGUGUGGACAAGGACCGAAAAAAAAGGCCAUGUAUCAAUGAUGUUGUCCUUGAACUGGAGAAACUAGAAGCUAAGAUUAAGGAAAUGUCACUAGCUUCUGAUGUGCAAAAAGAUCUCACAGUCCAGAGAAGCUGUGACACCAACAUUAUGUCGGUGGAUCCAACCAUGGAGCUGCGGUUUCUCUUUGAGCAAGGGAAGGAGGCGUCGUGCUGCCUGCAGCUGACCAACAAGACGGGUGGAUUCAUCGCAUUCAACAUAGAGAUCAACCCGAACAAGUACCGUGCGCGGCCAAGCCAAGGGACCAUGCCGCCGUGCUCCAGGCGUUAUGUUGUCGUGACGCUGUCAGCGCAGGAGGCGGUGCCACCAUACAUGCGGUGCGAGGACAUGCUCCUCGUGCAGAGCACCAACAUCACCCAAGAUCUUGGUGAGAUGAAUUACCAAAAAUUGUUCGAGACGGCCAUGACGAAUAAGGGUGUUGAUGUUGUGCAGCUGCCAAUCGUUUAUGUUACACUGGACCAGUAGUCUCCACCAAGAACUGGGAGUGGUUGUCUCUGGUGACAAAGCGAUGUGUCGGUAAAUUCAGAUAAAUGUUGAGUUGUUGUUUGGGAAAAGGUGUUGUUUUGGUAAAUUCAGAUAAAUUCAGAUAAAUGUUGAGUUGUCUCCA